AUGGAAGAAAACAGAGGUGGCCCUAACAUUGCAGAAGGAAAGAUUUUGUCUCUUUGGAUGAUUUUGUUUGUGGCCUUAGUUUUGUUGCCUUCAAUAUUUCGUGUGUCACUGGGGAUUUCUCAUUUCUAUGUGAAAGUUGUAAUAAAAAUGCUAGAGUGGGCCACACUGCAGAUUGAGGAGGGAGUACAAAAGCAGAAGGCACUGGCGCUUGGCAGUUUAAUCUCCACUGGGAUCAUCCAGAGAGACACAACCUUCAUGGAAGAGGAGAUUGCUGCCCAGUGCCAAGGGUGCUUCAGCCUGGCUGAUGUGAUGUACUUCUCUAAGAAGGGCUGUGAGGCAGUUGCAGAAGAUGAAGUGACUCGAUGCUUCUCCUCAGAGGAGCUGAUGUCCUGGAAUCUUCUCAGCAGAACUAAUGCCAACUUCCACCUUGUCAGCUGGCAACUGACUCUCCUGUGGGUCAUUGGGAUUCUGAUUCGCUACUGUAUCCUGUUUCCUUUCCGCAUCUGCUUGUCUGUUUUCACCAUCCUGUUACUGGUUUUGGCAACUACAGUGGUAGGACAGUUUCCAAAUGGCAGAAUUAAGGGCUGGCUGAGCAACCAGGUUCAGAUGAUCUGUGCCACCUUAGGCAUUCGCUGUCUGAGUGGUCUUGUUCGCUUCCACAACAGGGAAAACAGACCUCGGGAAGGAGGUAUCUGUGUAGCCAACCACACAUCUCCAUUGGAUGUGCUGAUCCUGGCCAGUGAUGGAUGCUACUCCUUGGUUGGCCAGGCACAUGGAGGGCUUAUGGGCCUGAUUCAAAAAUCUUGCAUGCAAACCAGUCAGCAUGUCUUGUUUGAGCGCUCAGAAAUGAAAGACCGUCACCUGGUGAGGAAAAAGAUUAGAGAACACAUUGCAGAUAAGGCCAAAUUACCCAUUUUAAUCUUCCCAGAAGGUACCUGCAUUAACAACACCUCAGUAAUGAUGUUUAAGAAGGGAAGCUUUGAGGUAGGAGGGACCAUCCAUCCAGUAGCAAUCAAGUAUGACCCUCGCUUUGGAGAUGCCUUCUGGAACAGCACAAAGCAUUCCAUGAUGACUUAUGCUUUCAAUGUGUUGACCAGCUGGGCUAUUGUCUGUAAUGUGUGGUACCUGCCCCCCAUGGUCAGAGAGGAAGAAGAAGAUGCUGUUCACUUUGCCAACAGAGUCAAGGCGGUCAUUGCUGCUCGGGGAGGAAUGUCUGUGCUUCCUUGGGAUGGGGGACUGAAACGGAAAAAGGUCAAAGAGUCUUUCAAGGAAGAGCAACAGAAAAAGUAUUGCCAGUUAGUACUUGAAAAUGGAUCUGUGGGAAAUGGAAAUGUUUGUUGAAUGGUAUUUAUUUGAUAUCAGUUUUCCAUGAUUUAUCUCCACCAGAAAAUAGGCUGGGUUUUGUAUUAAACCCACCAUAUUUUUCUUAUGUCCCUGUAAGAUACUUUGCAUAUGACACAGCAGAGAAAUCAUG